CUCCUAGCAACUGGAUGCAGGGGGCAUGGCACUCUUAACACCCCAGGGAGUAAAAAAAGUCUUCCAAUUUCAGAAACCAGAAGGUAGGGAGCAUCUACGGAGACUGUUGAACUGGGAAGAGUUUGAUGAAGUGAGAGACUCCCGCAGAAGCAUUCUGCUGGAUACCCUCUAUGAAAGCAUCAUCUUUGCCGUGGGCAAAGGUUUCCCAUGGGUGGAAGUGGCCAAGGUGGUCAAGUUCACGGAAGAGCUGCUCAAGGAAACCAAAGGCUGCUCCAUCACUGAGGCGGUGACAAUCCUCGGGAACAAACUCAGAGAUUACCAGGGGCAGUUCAAUACCACCCACCUGCUGGCCCUCUGUGACUACUUCCACAACACCUUCAUCCGCCACUACAAACUCUACCAGUUUGUCCUGGGCCAGGACCAGGAAGUCAACCUGACUGUCAACCACCUGGAAGUAUGUGCACCGCCCCAGCCCCUCCCGCUGGCCAAGGGCAUGGACAAGGACAUCUGGCAGCUUGAGCAGCAGAUGGUGGAGCUCCGUACGGCUGAGGUGCAGAAACGCACCAAUGUACUGCUCCUGAAGGAGGCGCUGCACCUGGAGCAGGAGCACAAGCUACAGAAAACGUUCUCUGAGGUGUCUGAGCAGCCCAGCCGGGUUCUAAAGAGGGAGGAGUUAGAAAAGCUCAUUGAUGAGGUCAUUCACAUUCAGAUUGAAUGCCUGAAGGAGCUGCUGCAAUAUGAGAUACAGAUAACUUUUGAUAUUUUGGACCUGAAACUUCAGAAGACUUUGAGCCUCAAUGCUCCUAUCCCUUCCCCUCUCUCUAUCACUGGCCAGCCAGGCCAAGAUGAAUCUCUUAACUUCUACAAAACAAACAAAGGAAAGAAAGCAAAAGCAAAGAAGUAGAGAGCUCCUGGUGUCCACUGACUAAAGACUAUGAUUGAGGAAAAGCCAUUGACAAUUAUGAAAGUAUUAUGUGAUGUGCUCAGCACCCAGUAGAUCAGAGCUUUCUAGUGAUUAAAAUAAAUAAAAUGGCAGUCAUCAUA